AUGAACAAAACCACACGGAUCGAUAUCCCUUCACCGUCUUCACCUUCCGUCUCCGCCUCCGCCGCCGACGGUGAGCUCAACGAAGACGACAUCUUCGCAAUCGACAUAACUCACGCGCCACGUCACUCUCCGUCGUCUUCUCCAGCCAAACAUCCUCCUACUCGCCAGCUUCAAAGAAGCAAAAGCGGUUUGAAGAACGUGGAAGCUUCCGGUAUCCUCGCCGCUCUUCCAGAGCCGUCCGGAAACAGUUACCUCAACCACGUCUUUCACCACAAGGCUGCGGCGGUUCUCUCGACUUCAGUCUCCUCCACAGCUUCUUCAUCGUCUUCCUCAGGCGGUGGUGGUGCAUCAGUUGCUUCUUCAUCUUCUGCAAGAACCAUCCCAACAGCUCCUAAACCGCCUCAAGAGAGACUUCCGUUCACGUCUUCUUUUAUGGGUGGAGGGAAGUAUCCUCAGUCAGCUCCGGUUCAAGUUCCGUUAGUGUCUUCGGCGAUGAUGAAUCGCCACAAGAAGGAGUUUAAGCUGACUGAUCUGGUGGACGAUGAGGAGGAGGAAGAAGAAGGAGAGAUGCUUCCGCCGCACGAGAUUGUAGCUAGGUCGUUGGCUCAGUCCUCGUUGCUGUCUUGCUCGGUGCUUGAAGGAGCAGGAAGGACACUUAAAGGGAGAGAUCUCCGGCAGGUAAGGAAUGCUGUUUUCAGAAGAACAGGUUUCAUAGAUUGA